CUUUGAGUACCACAUGUUUCGUUCAGUACUACGUCAUUCUUACGCCGUCCCUACUGUGAAUUACACAUGGUCCUCGAGAAGCCUCAUAAGAUUCUUCACUAGCGAUGAGAAGGCAGCUCCUCCAUCGCUUCCGAGAGAAGAGCAGAAAGAGUUCGAACGGCUUCAGAAGAUUGCACAGUCACAAGCUGCCAUCGACGAGUACAACAGACAGUUCGAGAAUGACCAUACGAAGGAGUCAGCGAACUCUCCCAUCCUCAAGACAGAAAUAGGCUCGUUCUCACCGGAAUUCAGCAAGACGUUGCCAGAGUUCGAGGGCGACAAGAAUCCCGAGACAGGGGAGAUUGGCGGGCCGCGCCAAGACCCACUGCGGUACGGGGACUACUCAUACAACGGCCGCGUGACGGACUUCUGA